AUGUGUUCUUAAUUUCUGGAGCUGAGUAAAUGGGGAGCUGUUUGUCUACUGGCUAUCAGAGUAGUUGCCAUGGUGGAAGCAAUGGAGAGACAGUUUCUGGGUCCUGCUGUUUGGGAAUUGGAGUUGGUGGUCGGAUAGCAAGAAAGAUAACAUUCUCAGAUCAUAUCUUUUCUCUGCAGCAUUUGAAUUCUAUACCAAAUAGACUUGUGUUUAAUGGAAAGACUCGAAAUUCUUGCAUUUUCACGCAACAGGGUCGCAAGGGUAUAAACCAGGAUGCCAUGGUUGUGUGGGAAGACUUUAUAUCCGAUGGUGCAGUCUUUUGUGGGAUAUUUGAUGGUCACGGUCCUCACGGUCAUGUCGUUGCACGAAAAGUUAGAGACGUUCUACCAAGAAAGCUAGUGUCAUUCUGGCAGUCAUCUCAGUUGAAGCAUAAUGGAUCAGAUAGAAGUUCUUGUUUCGGGUGGGGGCGGGGGAAUUCCGCAGAUGGUGAAGGGUUGGAGACGGCUGGAUCAGAGGAGGAUAAAUCAAGUUCUUUAUGGAGAAGAGCUUUCCUAAAAUCAUAUAAAUCCAUGGAUAAGGAGCUCAAAUCUCAUCCCAAAUUGGACUGUUUCUGUAGUGGUAGUACUGCAGUCACUCUAGUGAAGCAGGGCUCAGAUCUAUUCGUUGGAAGUAUCGGGGAUUCUCGAGCAAUUCUUGGAUCUAAAGACAGUUGUGAUUCCCUUGUAGCUACCCAAUUGACAGUAGAUCUAAAGCCUGAUUUGCCCAGAGAAGCCGAAAGGAUAAAGAAGUGUAAAGGGAGGGUAUUUGCAUUGCAAGAUGAGCCAGAAGUGCCAAGAGUGUGGCUGCCAUUUGACAAUGCGCCAGGAUUAGCCAUGGCUCGAGCAUUUGGCGACUUCUGCUUGAAGGACUAUGGAGUUAUCUCUAUCCCCGAGUUCUCGCAUCGCUUGCUUACGGAUUAUGACCUGUUUAUUGUGCUUGCUUCAGAUGGGGUUUGGGACGUAUUGAGCAAUGAAGAGGUAGUCGAGAUAGUGAAUUCCACCUCGACUCGGUCAUCUGCAGCCCGAAUGGUGGUAGACGCGGCUGCUCGUGAGUGGAAGCUCAAGUACCCAACUUCGAAAAUGGAUGACUGUGCAGUAAUUUGCCUAUUCUUGGAUGGGAAAAUGGAUUCAGAAUCAGAGAAUGAAGAACAAGCUUCUUCUGCUGCUCUUCAAACCAAUCAAAUGGGCAACAACACUGCAGAUUCAGAUGAAGAGCAGAGGUCUGAGCCAAGCUUGCAAAGGAACAACACAGUCCGAUCAUCGGAAGAAAACGACCAAAUUGGAGGACUAUCUUCACAUGGUGAAGAGAAUGGAGAAACAAUGUCUGCUGAAGAUGAGAAUUGGUUGGGAUUGGAGGGUGUAACAAGAGUAAACUCUCUAGUUCAACUCCCUAGAUUUUCUUGAACUCAGACUAACGUUGGUGAAAGUGUUUUAAUGGGGGAUGCAGGAGCCAAUUUCUGCCACCAUUUUGUAUCAUUGCGAUGCAGAAAAACUUGGCUUUCAGCUUCCAUGGAAGAAUUCAAUUAACAAAUUCAACUCCCUAGAAACAGGGAAACAUCCUUUUUGAAUCUAAUCAUUAAAUAUAUGUUUGGUGAUAAA